CCAGCAGGAAAAGCAAGCUGCGCUGAGGGUAUGGCUGGUGGAGGGCUCUAACACAGCCAUGGAGUGAAAGCCUUCCACUGUCUGCCUGUCCUACACGUUCAACCUUCUUCUGCGUGCUGCACUGAGAGGGAAAUCCAACACGCAGGGUCAUCUCACAGUGGGACAAGAGAGAAAGGGACAGUUUCCAGAGGAAUUGCGCUCAUCCUUCAGGCAGACUGACCAACAGAAAGCUCAAGCUUUUGGAGAAGAUCUUUGACACAUAAAAGGAUUUAAGGCAAACAGGAGGGAAGCUUAAAACUCAACACUGGAGAUCUCAAAGAAAUCUGAAGGUCUACCACUUGCUCUGCUGUAAACUGAGAACGUCUGUGGCCACAGAAAGCUCCAGCAGACACUCAACCCCACUUGGAGGCUCCAUCUGAGAGAAUUUCCAAGUUAAUACUAUUUUGGUCACUCAGGACUAUUUUUGCCUCUACUCCUUUCUGCUUACAAGGGAACGGGUGGAAUGUGACAUUGUGGUCAGUGCUUGCACUUGGAGGGCCCGAUCCUUAUCUGCCCACUGGUGCACUUGCACAUAGCAGAGGUGGGAUCACAGUCAAGGACUAUGGGAUUGCUCUCCAGGUCUGACAGCUGCAACUCAGCAUGACAACUUCUCCAGGCAUCAUUCCACAACUCUGCCUGUUUGUCUGUCUGCUCAACAGACCCCUGCAGCAUUAACAACCUUCUUUGAGAAAGGUCCUGCCUUGAAUCCAAGGGGAAGCCAGCUGCCAGCCUGUCAUUUUGUUUCCUCUGGAACUUCAGCAAUGCUGAUCAUCAUUGCCUCUUCGCUUUCAUGGAACUGUAAAUUACAUAAGCACAAGAGACAAACCCGACAUCUGAAAAAAAUGCUUUUGUAGAUUUUGAAGUAUUGUUUCCUGUUAGACUGUGAUAUCAUAAUGUUCAAAUUAAUCACUUCUGAGGAGCAGUUGUGAAUUUCCGCAGUACCAAAGAAAAGUCACUGCAGUAGGUGACUCAAUUCCACAUUUGAUUUCUCUAAAAUGCUGUCCAAGCUAGUGGGAAAAAGUAGUGGGCACCCAGUAUCAGUUUUAUAAUUGGGUUUUUCCAUAUGAGAAUGGGAAUUUUGUGAAGACUCAAUUAAAAGGAGUGUCCUCCUAUUCUUCUGUCACCCAUCAGACUGCAUUCAACAUGAGUGUCAGCAUGCUGUCAUACAUACUCUUCUCUUUUUUGCUGCUCUCUGUGCAAGCACAGAAAUGCAGUGUCCAUGAAAUUAUCCGCUUUACAACACGUCUGCUCGACAAAAGUUCUCUAAGCUGCCCAUGUAGAGAGACAGCUGUCAGUUCAUGUUCCUGUCUGCCCAUUCCUGAACCUGGCCACGAACUGCCAUGCUUUGUGGAAGGAACCGAACACAUGCUGAAAAACAACAUAUCUUCAAAAGCAAUAAUUGAAAGGCUUAACCUGACCUUUCAGACUCAACUGGACAGAAAACUCUGUGAAAGCCUGGCACGUGGGGAUCAAUGCCAGUACAAGACCAAGGGAGAUGUGGAGGAAUUUUUGAAUAAAAUCCUGAGAACCUAUCGAGCAAUCAAUAAACCUAGAGCUUAA